CGGACGCUUCCGGUGGGGAGGAUCUGUGGCGGGGCUUGCUGGGAUCAUGGCGGAGAAUCACUGCGAGGUGCUGCCGCCGGCCCCGGGCGGCCUCGGGGCGGGGCUGGGGGCCGGCCUGUGCCGCCGCUGCAGCGCGGGGCUCGGCGCCCUGGCCCAGCGCCCCGGCGGGGUGUCCAAGUGGGUCCGGCUCAACGUCGGCGGCACCUACUUCCUCACCACCCGGCAGACGCUGUGCCGGGACCCGAAAUCCUUCCUGUACCGUCUGUGCCAGGCCGACCCCGACCUGGACUCGGACAAGGAUGAAACGGGGGCCUAUUUAAUCGACAGAGACCCCACCUACUUUGGGCCCGUGCUGAACUACCUGAGACACGGGAAACUGGUCGUCAACAAAGACCUCGCAGAGGAAGGAGUACUGGAGGAAGCAGAGUUUUACAAUAUCACCUCACUAAUAAAACUUGUAAAGGACAAAAUUAGAGAACGAGACAGCAAAACAUCACAGGUGCCGGUGAAGCACGUGUAUCGCGUGCUGCAGUGCCAGGAGGAGGAGCUCACGCAGAUGGUGUCCACCAUGUCCGACGGCUGGAAGUUCGAGCAGCUGGUCAGCAUCGGCUCUUCCUACAACUACGGGAGCGAAGACCAGGCCGAGUUCCUGUGCGUGGUCUCCAAGGAGCUGCACAGCUCCCCGUACGGCACGACCAGCGAGCCCAGCGAGAAAGCCAAGAUUUUGCAAGAACGGGGUUCAAGGAUGUGAGAAGCACAGUGUUGUCGACUGAAGAAGCAUUUUAUCUUGUCCCAAGUUGCAACGAUCUGCCAUGUGGAGGAAGCUUGGCCGUGAGAAGAAACCUGUGUUUGACAAUUUCUCUAUAGAGAUCUGGGUGUGGAUCCUUUUUUGCCUCUGAGGUGGGCGGUGAGAGACGGGACCCGCUGAGGCCGGGCGUCCCCACUUGGAGCAGGCCUGCUGGCCAGGUGGGUGUCCCCGUGCCGUGUUCCCCAGGCUGCACGGGCCUGAGGCAGGAUGCUUCCAGCCAACCCCUGUGAUCACCGAAGGUCAUUUAAAGGACAGCGCUCUUGGUGCUAACAUAAACAGUCUGACGGAGCCCGGGCCUUGUUGGCAGGACGUGGCUGCAGUGCCGUGGCCCCAGGCUCCAGUGCCCGCUGGUCACCCACUCACGCACCAGGCCCUGGUCCACUCACGCACCAGGCCCUGGGAGUCCACGCAACCUCCCUGGAGGAAUGGUUGGCGAUUUCUCGCAGCUGCGGCGUGUGGCUCCUGAGAGAGGCAGCCUCUGCGUGUUCACUACUUCCCGGGCCUCGCCCCCGAGGCCUGGCCUCCUUCAGAGCCCGGCUCCCCCAGCCUGACCCCACCUGGAACAGUCGAGGCUUCUCCACUUGUGUUUUCCAGGCAAGAGAACUUUGCAUCCCUUCUUCCCCAGUGUGGAUGGACUACCCAGAGUGCUUAGUCCUUAGAAACGCCUACAAACGCGGCUGCGUUCGGACGGAUGUGUUACGUCAUUGAGAGGGGGUAGCAGUUCGGUGUGGCCCGGCCGCGGGCCUGUGGGGAGCUGCUGCUCGUCAGUGCCUUUGUCUCGCCUGGGAUGGAGGUCGGGGUGGGGGGGCCUGUCCGCCUGGCUUCCGGAGCCGAGACUCCAGGUCACGCUGAAACCCGAAUGUUUACAGUGCAUCACCAGUCUCUCCCUCUUGCCGGCUCGCUCAUUUUCUUCGUCUAACUAUGCAGUUCUCUCUGGGGUUUGGGGUGUUUGAGAUGCGCCCUGUACAGGCUCUGCCCGCGGGACACGACGCCGGAGGGACCAGAACCCCUGUAAACAACGCCGCCCGCUUGCUCUGAAGACAGGCCUUCCCUAGCUGUCGGGGGACUGUCAGAGCCAGGGGUGGGGGGGUGGGGGGGGGCUGGCUCGGGUGUGCUCAGUCUCCAGUGCUUCCGGAGGCUUCUUGCCUGUGCCCUCCUCUUUGCCAACAACCUGAUGAACCAGGUUCUCUGGCGCCCAGGACUUACCUCCUCCUCUCUGUAAGGUCUCUCGUACGUUGUUAAAUGUUUGGCUUCAGAUUCAUCGCAGCCUUUCUAGAGGGCGCCCUGAGGCCCCGGCGACCCAUCCUCUCCGUGCGCCUGGGGCAGGGGCAGCCCCUCGUUGGCCUUGGGGUGUAUCUGUGGGCGCUGCUGGCCACGUAGCGUCGUUUGAUUCAUGACCUUGACAUAAUAGAUAGGCUUGUGGUUUUUUAAUUUAAAGAUAUUAAGACUUUAAUUCACUAAAAUUUAUUCUAAGGGGAUAUUUAUACUUUUAUACUUUUUUAGGUAUCCGUAUUUUAUCAGCUUACAGUUUAAUGCCUAAGUUUCCCCUGAAAAUAGCAAAUAAAAUUGUGUAUUUAUGAAUGACAA